UGGAUGUCAGCGAGACACUCUCACAGCCGUCCUCGUGCCCCAACAUGACGCGGGGUAUAUUGCGCAUCCCUGCAGCUCCGAUUCACAUCAUUCGCGAUGUCGUCGCACUCCUCCGUUCCGCAAGUUGACCGCGACCUCGAAGCGCAAGAGCGGGCGCAAGAGCCGAGCGCAGAGUAUCACGGGCGAUGGCAUGUGGCCCUGCACCCUUCCGUGAAAAAGAACACGCCACGUGGCGCGCUGCCGUUCCUGCAUCCGACGCACGCGACGUUGACCUCGAGCACCGGGGACAAACUGCGCUGGACCUCGAGAGACCACCGCAAGAACCGUCACGUCGUCAGCAAUCCACGGAGCGGACAGCCGAGACAAGCCAAGGACGACGGGAUGUGGACGAAAUUUGCCAGGAUGCGGAGGGUCGAGUACUGGAACAUUAGUUGGUGGGUUGCUAUGGCUUUCACCUCUGGGAGCAUCGUCUGGGUCAUCAACGGAUUCAUCGUCUUUCUGCCCUUCGUCAACUCGCACGUGGGGAAAGACAUGGUCGGCGGAGGGUGGUCGGCCUGGAUAGGCGCCACGAUCUUCGAGUUCGGUGGGAUCCUGGCGAUGUGGGAAGCGUGGAACCGCGGAGACUCGUCCGACUUCGGCUGGGGCGUUGACCAGAUGCUGCAAACAGCAGAUCUCAAACGCCCAGGCUCCUUGCGGUCUGAUCACGGCGAGCCUCCGAUGCCAGAGAAGAAGAGGUGGAUCUGGUUCUCGCUAGAAGGGAAAUAUUUCCAUGAGAUCGGGUUCCUGGCUGCGUUUGUCCAGUACUGGGCUGCUACCAUAUUCUGGAUCAGCGGAUUCACAGGCCUCCCUGCAAUCCAGGACGCAAUUACCUCGAACACCGGGCUGUUAGAUGGGGUCUAUUGGACCCCGCAGGUCAUCGGUGGCACCGGGUUCAUCAUAUCUUCGUGCGUCUCCCAUCUCCUCCCAAAAUCCCUCACCAAACGCAGGUCUUCCAAGAACGCUACUGAUGAUCGAAGCACAAAAGAAAUGGUACCGUCCGGCCCCGAGUUCGCUGGGGUGGCAGAUCGGCUUCUGGAACCUGGUUGGUGGGGUGGGAUUCACUUUAUGCGGAGCGCUUGGCUACGGACAGAACAGCAGCACCAAACUGGCAUACCAGAGCUCAUGUUCCACGUUUUGGGGUGGAUGGGCCUUCUUGAUCGGGAGUCUGAUACAGUGUAA